AUGAGACCCUCGACGAACCCCGACGAAAAACGGCAAGCUGAGCGCAACCUCGCCCAGCUCAGACAGACCAAGUCUGCCAAAGACUACUCCGCCAACUUCAGACAACUCAGCGUUCAACUUGAUCUCACCGAAGAAACCAAGAUCUUCAUGUUCUAUCAAGGACUUAAGGACGAAGUCAAAGAUGAGAUCGUUAAGAUCGAUCGACCAGAAGACUUCCUCCAGUACGCCAAACUCGCCAUCAAAAUCGACAACCGACUCUUCGAACGACGAAGGGAACGAGGAGAGAAACGACAGAACCUAAACUCAGGACGCAGGUACUAA